CACGAUGUGGUUGGUAUGAGAAAUGUGUUUCAAUUAUAUUCCGUGUGAAUGCUUAGAACACGACGACGUCGUCGUCGAUCCUUGUUAAGAUGAUAGUGUGUUUGCAAUAGUACCUAGUGUAGCCUUUUGAUGCAUUUUUAACGAAGAGGAAUGAAGACCUGUCUAGUGGUACAUUGUGGUGCUCGCGUUUAUUUGAGUGUCCUGCUAGCUUUCUAAUUUCGUGGUUCACUAUUUUUUUGGAAGAUUUGACUGACGAUUUAUUCGAUUUCGAAAUUCAUACUGUUCUUGAUCACUCAAGAUGUCCAAUAAUCAGACACAUGAAGGAGACCGCAUUGUCGAUGGCAGCGACGAUCCUUAUGUUUAUCUUUACAGUGUACCAAACCUAAAAGAAUUAGCAUCACAUGAAGUAGCUCGAGGAAUAUGGUGCAGUGGUUUGGACAAGUUCCAGCAUGACAAUGAGCAAGAUGGUUAUCAUCAGGAGCGUUCUGUACAACUGAUAGAGGAUUUGAAUAUUCCUAGAUGCAUUAAAGAUAUGGUCCGAAAUGACCUACGGGAAGUUAGCCGAAGUAUUGAACAUUGGGCAGAAGAUAUUUUAUUUUACAUGGAAUUUCCCAAGAAAUUUUCCAAGUAUCAUUAUGAUAUUCCUAGCAUUGAUCCAAACUGGUUGGUUUGGUCGACUAAUGGUGAAAUCGACUGCAGAAAAACUGCUAAAAACAUGCUGCAAGUCGACUGCUUGACAAAUGUGCAUAAAUUUAUCAUUAUGAGCGUCUAUUGCAUGGAGGACGAAAUGAAAAAUUUUUCGUUGGAUUCGCUGCAGGCAGAAUUUUACGCAGAUGUGGAUUCUUCCAAUGGCUGGGUGUUUUUCUAUUGGAUUCGUUACCUUAGAAACGAACCGUGUGAAGAGCUAGAAUACCGCACCAUAGCAGAGAAUUUCAAUAUUCGUGAUCGGUUCAUCUACGAGUACUUUUGGAGCCUUUUAGAUGACGAUGAUCAGGUAGCAGUUGCCAAUGAUUUGAUUCGUCUAGCUUACCAAAGCGAAGAGAAACAGAAAUAUGGCCGAUAUUACGCCACUUGCACUCGCGUACUUUUUGGGCAAAUAAUUUCCAAAAUGACUUCCAAUCAGCGACUACAUUUGUUUGAGGCUAAUAUGGGAAUAUAUUUUUCCCUCGUGUGUUCCAAUUCUCCACGACAAGUACUUCGAAUUUGGAGACAUUCUAAAAAUCACGUCACGGUGACAGAGUUUUCUACGAUUAUCGGUGAACUUUUGUUUCGUAGUAAACAUAAUCCCGCAUUGAUGUCUUCAUUGGCUAAGAUUUGGGAUUCUGCUUCUACUUCCCAUAGAAAAUACCUGAUUCGCCGCCAAUCCCGGGUUUGCUCAUACAUUGAUUUUUGUCUUCGCAGCCCCAACCUUCUAGAAUUUGUGAGCAAAUUACUUCAUAAUUUCUCUUCAAAUGGUAGAAAACGACUGAUUUUCAAGGUAGCUGAAAGCCCCCGUUUUCACGAAUGUGGUCCCGAAUCGUUCAACUAUUUAGUGAACUCAUUUUUGCCGCACUUCGAGGACCAAUUGGCGCUGAAAGAAUUUGUAAUGCAGUCUCACCAUUUCAAGGAAUAUUUAUAUCGUUUGUUAAUCCGUGAUCAAGAGUACGAAAAAUUCAUUGGAAAAAUAAAAUUUUAUUGUUCUUAUGAUGCAAGUGCUGUCCAAGUAUUCAAAGAAGAGUUCCUGAAAAAAGAAUUAACAGCACAUUCUUGUGACAUUGGUCUAAUUACCAACUUCAAUAAAUGGUACAAAUUCAGUGAAUUUAUCGACGGAACUUUUGAAAACGAUCUUAUCUCAGGAUUGGAAGUGAAGAAAAAAUUCUUAUCAAAGAUGGCGGCCGCCUUUAGGAACCAAUUUCCUAACUAUUUUGAAGCCCAUUAUGAGCGUUUAGAUGAUUACGGGAAAGUUGUUGAAAUGGUAUGUGUAUACGAUGAAUUGAAAAAAGUGAAACGUUCGUUCAGCUACUUUUGCUGUGUCAAGAUCAUGAUUUCGAAGGUAAUACUUUGUGGUACCAGAGCCAUUGCACGAUUUCCGCGUCCGCUAGAUUUCCCGCCAUAUUUGACUGAUUGACGCAGAAUGGAAAAAAGAGCAGCCUGAAUAUCUACUCUAAAAAACGGAAAAUGUAAUUUUUAUGGUAUAAAAUAAAAUUCAUACUUUCAAAGUCGAACAAUAUUUGUGUAUAAAAGAGCGAGAAAAAAAAAAGAAAGAACGAAAUUCGCCAAGAUAUCCGCUGUCCGCUAUAACUGAAAAUGUCAGCGGAUUCCAGUCAGUAACUCCGCCAAAAACGGCGGAAAAUAAGUUAAAAUAGCAACAGGUGGUCGAAGAACGAUAUCGAGAAUUCUGCAGGCCUGCACUCUGCUUAUAAGCGACAGAGCGUCUUAAAAACCCACAGUCCCACACCUACAAUUUUUUUUCUAGAAAAUUAUUUUACAUUGAAAAUAUUUAAAAGAACUCAAAAGGUAGUCAAGAAAUACACGUAAAUUAACAUUGAUGGCAUUUCUGGUAUUCUCUUUUUUUUUUCAAUUUCAAUUUUUUAAGAUUGAUUAGGUAGGUAAGUUAUUUUUGCUUAUGGAUAAUAUUUGAGACGUUGAUUUGCUACAGUAUAAUUCAUAACGUUUUUAAUAAUUUGUCAAUAAUUCUAAUCUUUUUGCUUUUUCAUGUGCAUUUGUUCAAUUUGUUACUGAAAAAAGAUUAAGUAAAUAAUUUUUUCAACGCUUCAGAAUGAUUUUUUUGUAGUAGGUGCGUGAUGAAUAAGAGCCUGGCUCACAUUUUUUUCUUUCGUUGGAAUACUUCCGCGUCCUCCUUCGCGAAAAAAGCCCUAAUGCAAAACCACUUUUGAGCAGUUGAAAAUUUGCAAAUCGCUUAUUUUGAAACGUUUUGCUUCUCAAUUAGGUACCUAUUUUGCAUUUUGAAACAUCAAAAAAUAUCAUUACUGAAACAGGAGGAAUAUUUUAGUAUCCCAUUCCCAAGGUCAAAAACAUGUUUUUCUCAAUUUUUUCUUUUAAAAUGUUUCUAGCCCUUUCAAUUUCAAAGUUGAGCAAAAAUUCAUAAUGACAAAAUUUGUUUAUUUUCCAAAGUACUACCACCCAUUCCCAAGGUUAAAAAUACGUUUUUCGCAAUUUUUUUAAACGUUUUUUUCAAGUAGUACCCGGUUAUAUCCAAAUCUGAAGUUUUGACAUCCACUUACCAGACACCCUGUAGACUAAUUAAUGUGAAAUUACCUCAAGGUGGAGCCUCAGUCAAUUUUUCAAUUUUAUAGAAUUUCAACUUUCUGGUAAAGUCAGCAAGAAUUUUGACAAUAAAAUAAACCAAGUAUAUGCGAAUAAUCAUUGCCUUUUGUUGAUUGCCAGUUCUUUUUUUUGGGGCACGAUAAUUCUAAAAAGUUGUAAGUACCUACAUAAUUGUUUCAUCCAAAAAUUAUCAAUUUUUGCCUUAUCCGUUUAAAAAGUGCUCUUUUUAUUCCAAAAUUGUCAAAUAAAAGUCAUCCUGUUUUUUUGCAAAACUUUCUUACAAGAUUUUUUUUCAAAUUUGUACAAUCCAAAACAAUUUUUGGAGAAAAAUGUGAAAAGGCGUCAAUUUUUGUCAAAAUUGUCAAAAAGUGUCCACUUUUAUUAAACUUGCUAAAAAAAAAGCCAUGUUUUGUCUAAAUUGUCAAACAAUUCUGUUCUUGCCAAGAUUGCCCGAAGAAAACCUGUUCUUGCCAAAAUUAAGUAGGUACCUAUCUAAAAAUUCCAUUUUAUGUCAAAAUUGUCAGAUAGUGUCAAUUUUUGUCAAGUUGAAUAAAAGUUGUAGGCCUAAUGUUUUUUCGUCAAAAUUCUCGGAAAAUAGUUUUUCGCUAAAAUAUUCAAAUGGUCGUAAUUUAAUUUCUCGAAAGUGUCGAGAAAUGUGUGCUUUUUUGCCAAAACAUCCAAAAAGCAAAAUAAAUCAAAGCUUUAAGAAAGAUUCAAAAUACUCCUGCAUUUGCAUGAUUUUUUUCUAAGCAGUUUGAAGAGUUUUGAGCUUGAAUUAAGUAAUUAUUUAUGAGUUUUCAAAAAUGGUGUCAAGAAUAAAUUGAAAGGGGUCUGGGUAAGAUAGUUAAAUGUACAUAUCUGUACCUAGAUUUGGGAAAUUAUGAUGGUUCAUCGUUGGGUACCUCUAAAAAGAAUUUUUGACCCAACAUUCCACCCCGCAUCUCUCACCUUCGACCCCCUCUUGACCAGUCUAUCUGAAAAACGUGUUUCUUGCGAAAAAAAAAAGUUUCUCGCUGUUCUACUCCUUAGUAACUAAGUAGGUAAGUUAUUUUUUCAAUUUGAGCGAGGAUUUUGAAAUCCAUAAAAAGAAGUUGGUCCUCGUAGUUCAAAACCUUCAUGGUAAGAUGUUUGUGCUGGAAAAUAAUUUUUGUUACAUACAUUUUCACAUAUUUCGCAUAUUUUUGCCAAAAAAAAGGGUAUUUUGAUAGGUUUUUAAAAAUAAAAAUUAGCACGUUGCAGACAGUUUCGACCUUGAUUUUUUUUCAAUUUUUUUUAACCCAAAAAUGACCUCGAAAUCCAAUAAGUUAAUUUGAAAACUUUAAAUCAAUGUGAUGGGGGAACCAAAAUCUGGGGGGGGGAAAGCCAAACAUCUUUUUAAAAUAUUUUUCCAAGUACUUUUCUAACGUCCGUAAUUUUCUCAGAAUUUUUUGAGAGGUGGCCGCUGUUCUUUAGCCGAAAAACCAUUUUAAAACGUGUUUUUUCACCUAAAAAAAUGGUAAUUUUGGUAAAUUUUUUUCCUCGCAAAUUAUCAUUAAAUUCUCCCAAUUACAUCAUCAACCUGAACUUGGACCAAAUUCGUAAAUUUAUUCAUGUUUUAUAAUUUUUAUUUGAAAAAUUGAAUUGUUCCAUAUUGAUUUCUUAAACAUUUCCUAUAACGAAAAUAU